AUGUUGUUUGCAAUGUUGCUCAGGAUGAAUGAGUUCUACAAAGUUUGUGCAAAGUGUGAAGCCUGGUUUGACGAUAUGGUGUGGCUUCUAUUUACUAAUCGGGCGAACAUGCUACAUGCACCGAAGCUAUUUGACGAAGAGACAAACUCAGAUCAAUUGUUACCUUCGGAGGCGGGGGCAAAAAACGAAGAACUGGCCAAUGACACUACAAAUAUUCUACGUGGUAUCUGUCUGGCCUCUGAAUUCAGACUAACUAGUGGUGAAUGCUCGAUCAAGAUGGAUAAUAUGGUGGGGAGUUUUGCUCGGGGUAGAGCGCUUAACGACCUCAUCAUUGAUUUCUGCAUUUGCUUCAUCUGCGCUGGGUGGCUGCUAGUCUAUGAGUUCGUUCGCGCCAACUAUGGGAUGCUCUAA